AUAUUAUUGUGAAGAAAUGUUUCGCCGUUUCACUAGUUUUCUGUGUAUCAUUUUCUUUUUGUGUGUUCACUCUCGUGGUGAUAAUGUCUUAACAAAAUUCCACCUUAAUGGAACAUUAAGCUGUAUAACAAAUGCAGGAUUUCGUGUUCCAUUUGUGGUAUGGACACUUGGAAUAUGGGAAGAAGAUGCAAUAUCAGAUGAUCAUUUAGGUGACGUGUAUCAUUUUAUUUUAACAGACGCCGGAGCAUUUUAUAAAACUGUUGUACAAGAUGACGGUGAUGGGCUAGGAGAACCUUUUUAUGAGCUUUUCUAUAAGAUAACUCACAACUGUAACAUUCGAGGAGAAAAGAGAGAAUCAAAGGUUUGCUUGAAGAAAUUUCAUGUUGAAAAUGGAGACUACUAUCAUUUAAGAAAUAUCAAUUUGUUCACAUUGGCUCAAGAUGAAGUGAAAUGCAACGUUUUUAAUUGAUUUUAUAUAAUACAACUUCAGAGUUUAAAUAAAUUUCAUUGCGUUGAA